GGGGGCGAGCCGGGCCGUGAGGGAGCGCGCGGUGCCGAGAGCCGCCGGAGCCGUCCCCGGUUCUCCAGCGAGUGCCCGGCCGUCGCCGCCGCCCCGCCGCAGCCAUGUUGGCGCUGCUCUCCCGGUUGCUGGAUUGGUUCCGCUCGCUCUUCUGGAAGGAGGAGAUGGAGCUCACCCUGGUGGGGCUGCAGUACUCCGGCAAGACCACCUUCGUCAACGUCAUCGCGUCAGGUCAAUUCAGUGAAGAUAUGAUUCCUACUGUGGGCUUCAACAUGAGGAAAGUUACAAAGGGUAAUGUAACAAUAAAGAUUUGGGAUAUAGGAGGGCAGCCACGGUUCCGAAGCAUGUGGGAGCGAUAUUGCAGAGGAGUUAAUGCUAUUGUCUACAUGGUAGAUGCUGCAGAUCGUGAAAAAAUAGAAGCCUCUCGGAAUGAGCUGCACAAUCUUCUAGAUAAGCCACAGUUACAAGGAAUCCCUGUUCUAGUACUUGGAAACAAGAGAGACCUUCCUAAUGCUUUGGAUGAGAAACAGCUAAUCGAGAAGAUGAACCUUGCUGCUAUUCAGGACAGAGAAAUCUGCUGCUACUCAAUUUCUUGCAAAGAAAAAGAUAAUAUAGAUAUCACGCUUCAGUGGCUUAUUCAGCAUUCAAAGUCUAGAAGAAGCUGAAGUCUUCCUGGAAUCUCCAGUACCAGUUGGCCAUAAUCUCAAUUGUCCACUUCCCUCCAUAAUGAGAUAUAACCCAAAAAUCCUGUAACAAGAAUCUGCCUUUUCACAGUUCAUUUCUCAUGUGCACUGCUGAAGACUUGUAUUCCUAUUAUAUCACAAAACAACUAGAGUUGUCAUAAAGUCAGCACAAAUAUUUAUUUUACAACCAUCUAGGGUGGGAGGGUUGUGGGGGGGCUUUUUAAGAAAAAAAUCUACCAUGUUAACUAUGAUGGUACACUCUGUUCUGGUUUUUCAGGGCCAGGUUUUUAUAUGAUUUUCAGCAAGUGUUUUAUUUCUAGUGUUUAGUGGCUUGAAGAUGCUGAUGCUUGACAGCAUUAAGAUUCUGUAAGAUGCCACAUACAGUAGUUAGAAAACAUUUAAACGUGAGUUGUGGGAUAGUUCAUCUCACAAAUGCAUGUGAUGUGUGUAUGUUAGCGGAGAAAUGGAUACUGUUUGCAGAGGGGAGCACAAGACAUAGCUCAGCAUCACUAAUCUACAGCUGAGAUCUUAUCCUAUCACUUAAAAGAAAAAACUCAUGAUGAAUUAGGAGAGUCAACUGCUUAAAUUCAUUUUGUUGCUUCUGUUUAACAUUUGUCUGGGGAAUGGGAAUGGACUGUUCUGUCAAGCUUUCAAAAAUCAGAGUAUUCCAGCAUGAAAACAAAUCGCUUGGUUCAAACACAUCUUUCUAUCUUCGGAUUCUAGUGAUCUCUAUCCGAAACCAGAAUACACAUUCUGAGCGGCUGCAUGACACUUAAAUUACUGAUGUUUUUGUAUAGAGUCAGUUGUUGACCUUUAGCACAAUAUCUAUGUAAUUGUCUAGUGUCUCUCCUGCUCAUGAAAUAGCUGGGCACAGUUUCACCUGGUGCUAUGAAACAUCUCAGCUAUUGUGACAACUCUAGAGCUGCCUGCUUUCUUGAUGUAACCAUGUGCAAAGUCUGUAAGUGGCAAGGUGAAAUGUUCAACUGUGUCAAAGCACAAGAGAGCCAAUGAAUUGAUUCUAUUUCUUGACUAGCUUCUACAGUGUAGGGAAGUAUAUAUAAACUAAAGAUUGUAAUGUUUUUGUAGCUUUACUUUCUCAAUGACUUCAAUAUAUUUAAAGGGACAGACUUGUUAAGACUGGUUUGUUCAUACAGUAAUGUCAGUGUAGCUUGCUAGUGUAUACAAAUACAUGGUACACCUGCUUGCAUUGCCUCACACUGUGUGUGAUUCUUCCUUACCUAAAUGUGGAGUUUGCGUUACUUUGGAGUCUUCGGUUGAAAACACUGUUUUGUCUGUAUCAGUAAUGACAAAUCAGUUUUAAUUUAGACUACCAUGGCCUUACUGUUCCGUACCAGCUGCUGCACAGACACUACGUGCUGCCUGCAUUCGGUCUGAACUUGCAUUUAACUUCUUGUCCCCUUUCAGUUCUCUGAAGUGUGAUUUCAAUUAAUUCAUCAUCUGGUGCUGUAGAGGAGAGGGUAUAUUAACUUGCUGUAGUCCCUAGUUCACCGUGAACUGCUACAGUUACUUUUAUCUAUCAAACUUGCUUGUGCCUAAAAUAUGGAAACUAAACUAGAAUGUGUGAAUCUUUGUGGGGGACCAGGUCACUGUUUAGUUAACUGGCCUAUAGGUAAACUCGAUGUGUUUGGUGUUUAUAUACUUCACUGCUUUCAGUAUUUAUGGCAUCCAAACACUACCAACUGUUAACCUGUGCAUUACUCUCUGCAUGUGAACAACUUAUACAAUUACUGAACUUUGUAAAUACGUGGAUUUUUUUUAUUUAGGUGGAUGCAUAUGUUGGUUUACUGCUCUUCAGCUUUAUUCAAUAAACUUAUGUUUUGAGGGUUGUAUUGACGCUUAACUGACUGACUGGAGUUGAUGUGCUAAACUCAUGGCAUUGUGGGCUGUUUCCUCUCUGAUUAAAAUUAAAUGGGCAAAGAGGUGCAGUAAAUACCUGAGCUUCCUCAUCUUCCGUGGUCGCACUACUGAAGCGAAAUGCUUACAGAACUAUCUUUCAGGCCUGAGGCUCUCUCAGCUUACAUAAACAGGCUUAACUAGAGUCAAUCUCAGCUGUUCUCAGUGCUUUUUGCCUUUCUGAAAAGGACUUAUUAAUCACCUGUAGGGUUGUAAGCAGGUCAGCCUUCUGGAGUUGUGUUUUUAGAGAUGAAAGUACUCAUACCUAAAAUCUUGUUUCUUGUCAUCUAAACUAAUCAUGGCUUUUCUAGCACAAGUAUCAUAUCUAGCAGUGUCUGAUUGUUUAUUGCCAAUUAAAGCAUCAAGUUUUGUAUCUCACCGAAAGGUGAGGCUUUCGUUGACUGCGGUUUCAAACAAAAGGUCUUUUUGCUUCAAUAUCUGGAGCUGUACCUGCUGUUGUUCCCCAAUGCUGUUUCAUUAAUUUCUCUUAGGUGACCGAUUAACCUGUAGGAUGGUAUGCCAACAUCUUUCCAGUAAUGGUAACAAUUGUCUUCUGUGUGCUCUGCCUCCAUAUAAGCCUUUACGUUUCCUGAACUGCAGUGAGCUGGUUUUUUUGCUCUGAGUAUUGGUCGUUUAGCAUCUUUUGUAACUGGGCUUGUGGGAAGAGCUGAGAACUGUUGAGUAAAAGAUCAAAUGUGUAUUUCUUCAGUUGAUGGGAGUUCCCUGCAUGCAGUGUUAACUACCUGAGGCUCGCAGUCAAAGCAAAAAUGCCUUGUUACAGUAUUGCUGUUGUAACAUUUGUCAACCUGACCUGUUAUUUAAAUAAGCUGCAGUGUAAACUUGGCCAAGGGCCCAUUGCUUGAGGUGAUGUUUAAGUAAUAUGGCUCUUCACGUUCAGAAGUAGCAAUGAGAAGCUACUGGCCACGUAUAAAUGAACAUAUUCAAAAAUGUUCACUUUUUUGUUACUUCACAAAAUGACUCUACUUGGGUUUUCAUAGCUAUUGUGCUGUCCUAGAUGCUCUUGGUUACUUAUGUGGCAGAAAUGUAGACCUUGAAGUGAUGAUGUGAAUCCAGUGCUGAGGAUUGCACUUUCUGUUUACUGGAGAUUUGGUGAACUUGUCAACUACCCUCAUUCUGAUGUGGAAUGAAAGUGCAGUAAGUCUUUCCAGAGAAGGGAGGCUGCUCUCUUUACUUCCAGCCUUGGACUGAAACAAUGACUUGCUCUUCUGGCAUAGUUAAAUCCAGGGCUAAGCACUUUCUGUUCUGAAAACAAUGAGGAGCUGUCUGCUGAAUUUGGUUGCAGUAGUUGUGUUAUAGAAAUCUAUUGGGCCCAUCUAGUCUCCCUGAUGAUUGCUUGACUCUGGCUCUGUAGUGAGCAACCUCUCUUCUGAUGUAUCUACAGUAGGCCAUUAUUGUAUGAAGAAAACUGGGUCUUGUCUCUGGUUCUGUGUUUGUCUUUUCACAGCUACUAGUCAUGGAUAUGCACACAAGUCAGACAUCAGUUGUACCUGUACGGCUGUGUGGUGCAUCAGUCUUGUCCUGUGUCCUUGUUGUUUGAAAUAGCUGUCAACUCUAAAUACGUGUCAGUUUUAAGCACUAAGUGAUCCCCCUUGCUGACCGUGGGGCAGCAGGCCUCCUAAAGGGAGGAAAUAGUUGUGCGUGCACCUGUAGCACUGGGCUGAGUGCAAGUUGAAGUGUUACAGCCCUGUUGGCUGCUCUGUGCUGUGUCAGGGAGGCUGGUGGGUCCUGGUCCUGUGUCCCAUUGCAGUGCUCACACACCCCCUGGUGCAGCUGAGUGUCCCAGCAGUUGUACAGUGCAGUUCUGCCAAACCACUUGGUAACGUGGGAAAUGCACAGAUGUGGGUGAAGCUGUUCUAUGGCCCUUGGAGCUCAUCAUCUAGUUUCUUAUUGGUUUGUUUUCUUUUUACACUUUCAUGGAAUCAGGUUGGAAAGGCCAUCCUCUUUGGAUGCUGAUAGGUUAAGAAAAACUCUGACGGUUGGAAGAAAGGAGGCCAACCCUAAAAGCAGACUUUCUGGUUAAAAUAAUGAGCAUCAUGCAGGGGUCUGGAGUGACUGAAGUAUGGUUUAGCUGGAUUAUCAAGUUAACUUUUCUAAUGUCUAACUGUAUUGUUACUCUGGCUGUGCAAUGGGUGUGCUGGCAUGUCAUGAUUUGCUUAGCGUGUGCUUAGUGAAUGUUAAACCACUCCUUGGGCAGCGUGCCUCAGCUCUGCUCCCGGCUGGCUUGGUUUUGCACUGACCCACACACUGGAGAGCUGUAUGAAUACUGAACGGGAUGUAAGUCAGAUGAUUUAAGCCACCUUGCUGAGGGCACUGUGCUGCCAACUACGUGAGCAGCAAAAAAUAAAUAAAUAAAAGAAU